ACUUCUAAAACAGCAACGGGAACAUCGGGUCUGAAUGAACUAAAGUCUAAUCCUUGCAAACCAAGUUUAACAACAUGUUUGCACUGAUAUUCUCCACCUUGACUCUGUCCCUCUGUGCAGUGGGUCUAAAGGCAAACACAGUCAUGAUCCAAUCCCCAGGAGCUCUGGUGGUGCGUGAAGGUGAAACAGUGGAGAUACGGUGUGUCCUGAACAGCACCGAUGUGAAUGACAUUGUGAACAAAUUUGACGUUCACUGGUACAACUCACGUAAUGGAAAACAAAUACUUGGUCUUGAUGUUAAUGGCUACACUUACAGGUCACUGGGCUUCUCCGAUCGAUUUCAGCUUUCCAGGGACGACGCCAGUAACAGCUACUUACUGACCAUCAGAGAGGUGGUGAUUGACGACUCUGCUGAUUACAUCUGUGGCCUUUGGGGGGUGAAAUUUGGAAAUGGAACCCAGCUGAAUGUAACCAUUGCAAAUCCUCCGAUCCUGAUCCAAUUCCCGAGGCUGGAGCGUGUCACUGAGGGUCACACGGCACGGUUACGGUGCUCCAUGGAGAACGCUGAAGUGGGAAACACUGACGUCCACUGGUACCGAGAAUUACCCAGGCAGGACAUGGAGUGGAUUUUAACACACGAGGCAGGAGGCAGCGUACGAAGGAGACCAGGCUUCACUGAGCGGUUCCAGCCGUUCAGAGACGUCUCAAACAGCAGCUUCAUCCUGACGGUCACAAACGUGAUGCUCAAUGACUAUGCCCUCUAUUACUGCACAGUGUGGGGAGAUAUCAGAGGGAACGGAACCCAGCUCAACGUAACCAAUGCAAAUCCUCCAAUCCUGAUCCAAUUCCCGAGGCUGGAGCGUGUCACUGAGGGUCACACGGCACGGUUACAUUGCUCCAUGGAGAACGCUGAAGUGGGAAACACUGAUGUUCACUGGUAUCGAGAACUACCCGGGCAGGACAUGGAGUGGGUUUUAACACACGAGGCAGGAGGCAGCAUACGAAGGAGACCAGGCUUCACUGAGCAGUUCCAGUCGUUCAAAGACACCUCCAACAGCAGCUUCAUCCUGACGGUCACAAACGUGAUGCUCAAUGACUCUGCCGUCUAUUACUGCACAGUGUGGGGAGAUAUCAGAGGGAACGGGACACAGGUCAAUGUCACUAUUUCUCAAAAGAAGGAGAAUCAAGUUGUGAUGAUGUACCUUGCCUGGAUCAUUCUACCUUUGGUGCUGGGAGUUCUUGCUGUUACUGGAGCCAUUUGCCUCAUCAGACACAGAGCUUCUGGAAGCCACCAGUCCUGUAUGUGUAACUAA